CGGCGGUGCGAGGGCGGGUGGCAGGUGGCGGGUGGCAGCGCGGUGUUGGCAGAUCAUGCCACAGUCACGCCAGGCCACACAGUGAGCAGCAAGCACCGCGUGCGGUCACCAGGGAGACAGCAGUUCUCGUUCUUGAUACUUGUGUGAGAGUACUGUGUGACUUAGCCACUGUGGCGUGACGCGCACCGCUGCCUGCAAUACGUACAGCACCCUGUGCAUGUGUCGCGAGACGCUCACCACCUGUAAGGAACAAAGAUGACAACUACCACCAUCACCACCUCGGCCCCGCCCCUGCAGGCCCUGAGCGAGGCCGCCGCCUCUGGCUGGCUGCUGCAGUGGGCAGGCGUGGUGGGUUUCGCGGCGGCAAGAGCCGCUAGUAGCUACUCCCAGGGGCGGCGUGGGGCGCAGCGCGAUGUCACACGUGAUACGCCCACUCAGCCAUCACCACACGCGCCCAGGGGCGCCUCCAGGACGCACUGCUCGGUAAACAACGCAAUUCCUGGACAGCGAUCAGCCCAGGAAGGCAGAGCCGCGCCCCGGGGCGGCAGGGCGGGAGGCGUGACGCUGAGGUACGAGGAGACAGUCCCCUGGGGCGCCGCCCACACACAGCCCCAGCCCGCGGGUCCCAAGGGCAGGAUUAUCCAGGAGGAGUCCCCCACGCAGGCCCAGGUGAGCGGUGCGCAGGUGCCCACUUGGUGUGUUCCCGCCACCUUGGACGGCUCCGCGGUGAGGCUCAACGUGCGGCGCUGCGCCUCCUAUCUCAGGUCACACCUGCCGCCCCUGCUGCUGGAGGGCGUACUGGACACCGCCUGGAGGACCGUGUCGGAGGAGGUGACGCUCGGGGGACGCGAGACCAGUGUCCCCGACCACCAGGUGGGGGAGUGGGCGCGGCGAGCCCCCGUGCUGCUGGGCCUCGCCGCCAGCCUCUCUGGGGCCAGGUACCCGCUGGACUUGACGGGGCUGUCCCACGAGGUGCUGCGGGACGCCGUGGCCUACGUGGAGAACCACUUUGCCGUGGAGCGACUCAGCACGCUGGCACUGACCAAGAGGAAGGCGACGCGGGGCGGCGUGGGGAGCCUGGUGGAGGGCACCGUGCUGGGGCGGCUGCUGCACCGGGGCGGCCUGGUGAGCCUCUCCCUCAACCUGGACGUGGUGGACGGCAGUGUGCUGAAGGAAGUAUCCCAGCUGUCCCUGCAGGAGCUGGACGUGUGUGGCGGCAGACACAGCGAGGCGCAGGUGCUGCAGGAGCUGUGCGGGUUGCCCUUCAGCGCCGCGAACCAGGUGGUGGAGGCACUUCGCGGCGGCCGCCUCGAGACACCGUCCGUCAUUCCCCUGAGAGAGUCGUUGCGCAGACUCAGCGUGUCACUGCCAGGGCUGCCCGCAGCCCUAUACCAGGCGCUGCUCGCCGUGUUCCCCGGGUUGCACCACUACACCCCGCCCUGCGGUACCGCGGCCUGCGUACGAGGUUACGCUCGGAUGGCGGGGCCGUCGGGCGCCACGAGCCCACUCAGUCUGCUGAGCCUCAAUCUGGGCCGCGCCUCAAGACAAGACGUCCUGGAGGCGGCGCGCGUGUGCCCCGCUCUCAGGGACGUGUCACUGUGCAUCGAGCUGGACUGCGAGGACACGCUGAGUUCUCUGCGCGCGUGCGAGCGUCUGUCAGGCGUGCAGCUGUCUUACUUCCCGUCCUCUGUGUCCGCCCCGCCCAAGGUGGAGGGGCGCCUGCUGUUCCCGCUGCUGGACGCCCUCGGGCCGCAGCUGCUCGGCCUGGGCCUGACGGGGUUCAACCUGCGCGGUGGCGUGGUGUCUGCGUUGGCCGGCCUGCCGGAGCUGCGGCGCCUCACGCUGACAGACUGCUGGCUGGCGCACCCUGACGCAGCGCCCUGCCAGGCCUUCCCCAGUAUGGAGAGUCUCGUCCUCAAUUUCUUGCCGCCGCUGGACACCCUGCGACUGCUGGCGGCGGGGUCGUGCUUGCAGACCUUGGACGUCAGUGUGGUGGCCUCAGAGGCGCGGGGGAACGGCCUGACGGACGCCAACAUGCGGCAGCUGGUAUCCUCCGGUGCCCUCACCUCCAUCCUAAGCUUCUGCUCGUCCUCGCCUUUCCUCACCCUGGCCUCGCUCCGCCACCUGGCCGCCCUGCCGCAUCUCAGGACUGUGGGCAGCCUGGCACGUUGGGGCCUCACCCGAGAGGAGUUUGGCUGUGUGGGUCACUCAGGACCCUCACACCUGCUGUGCCGUCCAUGACCUACGCCUCCUCGUCCCCACACUCUUGUUUGUGUCGCGGCGCGCCACGCCUCGGCGCCGGGUGCUGUCUGCAGCGUAGCGGCGGACGCUCUGCUCAGCCUGUGAUACAAUUACACUGCCGUGGCAGUUUGCAGCUGCCACCUCGCUACUUGCCAUCCGAGCAGCGCGUGACGGAGGGAAGGCAGCCAGCACCUUCUCUUCCGGUGUGGGAGGCGGGGAGGCCAUGACAUAUUGUGAGGGAAGAGGAGGAGGAUCUGUAUAUGAAGAAAAAAAAGGAGAGGGAUGGUGAGAAGCUAUGCUGAUGAAGAGGAAGAGGAGGGGGAAGAUCUGCAAGUGAAAAAAAAAAAGAAGAAAGGAAGAGGGAGAGGUGUGGGUUGGAUGGUCGGGAAAAUUAUGUUGAAGAGGAAGAGAAUUUGCAAGUGGGAAAAUGAUCAGAAUAUGAAGACGAUCUGUAAGUAGAAAGUUAAGUCACUGGUUUUCAAGGAUGUUUCCACGACUGCAGUGAAGGUUUACGAGGCAUUCACGCGUGGUAUAUGAAACAAUACACUUGAGAAUCCUAUUAGCCAUCAUUGUCGCCUUUGCAAAGUCCUUAUGAGAGAGAAGACGUUUUAAAAUAUUCAAUUACCUUUGCUUUCAACAUAUACAAGCUUUAUCGUGGUUUCCAAAGGCAUUUAAUGAAAACGUAUGAAAUAUCUACUUUGCAAAAGGAAAAAAAAAGUAGUUGAAAAUUACUUUAUAACAGAAAAGGUAUUUAACGAACUCCAUCUUUAGUUAUCAUCCUUUUCAAGAGCAUUUAGGAAUAUUUUACGCACUCUGUAUUGUAUAAUUGUAAAAAAAAAAAAAACACACACACACGAGAACCUACUUAACCAUCACUGCGACCUUUGAAAACAGUCCUUACGAGAAAUAAAGCGUUUUAAAACAU